AUGACCCUAGCAGCCUUUGUGACCGCUGCUGUGAUCUCCAUUUCUUGGGAUAUCACGGCGCCUUGGUCCCAUUCGGACAUGGUCCAGUCCGAAACUGGGCAAGACUCGGUCCACGAGUCUGAUUCCUUCCGUACUGCCGUCAACGACUCGAUCGCUGAUCCAUUCAAGAUAAUUCCAAGUCCAUUAUUGGUCGAGAAGAGGCGUUUGAAGAAAUGGAGACGAACACCCAAACGACGACCUCUUACCCCUGAGACUUUCCUGCCAUUGGACAUCCCAAAAACACAAAGUCUUGAUACUGUGCAAUUGGGUACACCUUUGACUGAUCCCGCACUUGUUGUCACCCAGUCAGAGACUUCCUUUGACCCAGUAUCAGUGGAGCCAGUCACUCUACCCGAAGCAUCGUUCGAGUACGAGGAGACAGACGAACCAGUGAGGGCGGGUUCACUACAAGAGCCAUUUGAACGACCUGGAUCGAGACUCGGUUUCGCGUCCAAGGCGGCGCAUUCACGCAUUUUUGAUAAUGAAGAGGAACUUGAGGGCAUGGCUUCGGCUUUUGGCAAAGGACGAACGAAGCACUCAUCUUCACUACAGGUUGUAUCAAAGCUUGAUUACCCGCCCUUUGCGCCAACUUCAGAAGCCGCGUCGAGCGAUGGCUCCAUGAGCCCACCAUCGCCGGGAUUCCUGCCAUACGUACAACGAUUAGAGGAGAAUGAUAGCGACGAGGAGACUGUAUUCGAUAGUCCAUCUAAAUCUCCAUACAAUUGGCGGAACGUGUUGUCGCUUCUGGUCAAGGACACUUUUACAGAGUUUGUUGCUGAAGAGUUGGAGGAAGAGGAGGAUGCGCGAUAUCUUGUCGCUCGUCGUCCUCUACUAGAGACAAUCGAGGAAUUAAGUGAAGAAGACGAAUGA